UGCGAUCGCCUCACCUGUUUUACCUUUAUCCCCACAACGGGCCGUUCUGAGGAUCCAAUGAACAUCUUGACCUACGUGCUGGGAUCCAGUGAUGCCAGUAUAAAUUGCAUUCCCAACGAAUAGAUUUCUGGCAAGGUCAAGCUUCUUACCUUCCUUUCCGCGAAGUUUUUCCUCGAUCAGCCUCUCUCUCUCUAGUACAACAAUGGCUCGUUUUAGGGCACAUUCUCUCAAAAUCGGUGAUCGUGUCACCAAUGCUGCUCAAUUGACGAUGAGGGAAACUAUAUUUCCUCUGUUCCUCGUCACCAUUCUAUACUUUCUCUGGGGCUUUGCCUAUGGUCUACUCGAUACCCUGAACAAGCAUUUCCAAAUCAAUCUGGGCAUCACUCGAACACGCUCCUCCGGGCUCCAAGCAGCGUACUUUGGUGCCUACCCCCUCGCUUCUCUAGGCUACGCCAACUGGGUUUUACGCCAUUAUGGCUACCGCGCUACCUUUAUCCUUGGUCUUACUCUCUACGGUAUCGGCGCAUUUAUGAUGUGGCCCGCUGCCCUCAAAGAAUCUUUCGGUGGAUUCUGUGGAGCUACAUUCAUCAUCGGUAGCGGCCUAGGCUCUCUCGAAACCGCUGCCAACCCCUAUAUGGCAGUCACUGGUCCUCCCAAGUACUCUGAGCUCCGUAUCAACAUCGCCCAAGCUGUCCAAGCCAUCGGGACCGUUGUCGGCCCCGUGCUAGGCAGUUACGUAUUUUUCAACGAGACCGGCGAAUCUGUUGACGCAUUGAAGACUGUUCAAUGGGUGUACCUCGCCAUCGGGUGUUUCGUUUUUUGCCUCGCAAUUGUUUUCUACUUUAGCGUUAUUCCGGAGGUAACGGAUGCUGAUAUGGGCCAGCAGGCUGACUUGACGCAUGGAACAAACGGGGACGACGACAAGCCGUUCUGGAAACAGUAUAGACUCUUUCAUGCUAGCUGGGCACAGUUUGCGUAUACGGGAUCUCAGAUCGCAAUUGCGGGAUACUUUAUCAAUUACGUCACAGAGAUUAGGCCCAACACCUCUUCUGCACUUGGAGCCAAGUUCCUCGCGGUUGCCCAAGGCUGUUUCGCCGCUGGGAGGUUUUCUGGUAGUGGUAUAAUGAGAUUUAUUCGACCCCGAUGGGUCUUCCUUUGCUACCUCUCCUGUGUCAUCAUCUUCUGUGCCGCAUCCAUUACACAACGGGGAAACAUUGGCCUUGCCAUGCUCACGCUGACACUGUUCUUCGAAAGUGUAUGUUUCCCGACAAUUGUUGCGUUAGGUAUCAGAGGAUUGGGUAGACAUACAAAGAGAGGCGCUGGUGUGAUCGUCGGAGGCGUCGUCGGCGGAGCUUGCAUCCCUCCAAUCCUUGCCGCGGUCGCCGACCGUCGCAACAGCACCGCGUUCGCCAUGAUCGUCCCCGUCAUGUUCUUUAUCUCCGCUGAGACCUAUGCCCUUGCUGUGAACUUUGUUCCCAGCUAUAGGGAUCGGGCGGAUAAGAUUGGACAGGGCAUCAUUGCUGACGGUGCCGCAUCCAGAAACGAUGUCGAAAAAGCUGCGGGAGAGGUGUCUGAAGAAGGGAGUGUAGACGACAAGGCGGUUGUUUACGAGAUAGAUAAUGCUUGAGGGAUAUGAACGAUACUGAACGAUGAGUUGCGACACGAAUGU